AUGCCUGCCACAGAUCUUCACAACGGGCUUACAAGCCCCGAUGCUGAGUCUUUACGCUCCUUCACAGAAACAUUACCGGACGAGUACCACGAAUGGGUGACUGAGUCUGGGAGGACAUCGCGAAACGAUCAAAUUCUUGACGAUUUUCCACAUCCACCAAUUCGGCCCCAGAACCUGGACAUCAUCGACGAAGAGCUGGCCUAUCCCACACCAAGGUCUUCAGCAAAGAAUAUGCGACGCAAUGUCACGACAGCCGAUCUUGUGGCGACCACGGAGCUUCCUUUACUUCAACAGAUGAAUCCCUAUGAAAAUGCAGAAGAGUUCCAUCCUGUCAACGAAGAGGGCGCCUCCUAUGACCUGAUUGCGCCGUUCGAAGGAGACGAGGCGCCGCUCCAUAAGCUCGAGCGUGUGUCCGAUGUCAUGUUUGGAACAGAGCAUAUGUUAUCUAUUCUCAAUAACCCGCGCUAUCUAGCUCGGUUCCGCGAGUUUCUUCUCGAAGAACGACCACGGUCGAUCUCAACACUCACCUAUUACCUCAAUGCUACCAAAGCCCUCAAGUCGAUCGAGUAUGCCAAUGCGCUGGUUCGCUUAUCCAUCGACGUCCCGCCACCAGCUGUUCAAAUUAUCCAAAAUGGCAACGAGGCUGUUGGGAUAACCGCAAAUAAAGUUCUGGAACAAAGAGUCCAGGAUGGCCUGAACGCUUUGACAGCCGAAGAACUGCCUGCUUUUAUCACAUCGAGGUGCAUCACAAUUACCAGCAAAAUUGUCGAAGAACGUGUACGAGGAACUUUACCAAUGAAGUUUCGAGAUACCUCAAAUGCGCUGGCCGAGGUAUUUUGCUUGACGGAUCCUACGCGUCCCGAUAAUCCCAUCAUUUUCGCAUCAGGAGAAUUCCAUCGAACAACGCAAUAUGGAAUGGACUAUGUUCUUGGGCGGAACUGUCGAUUCUUACAAGGGCCGAAAACAAACCCGAACAGUGUUCGACGUAUCCGAGAAGCAAUCAAAGAGUGCCGUCACCACUCCGAGCUCUUCUUGAACUACCGGCGUGAUGGGUCUCCAUUCAUGAAUCUCCUUCAGUGCUCCCCUCUUUGCGACAGCCAAGGACGUGUCAAGUACUUCAUUGGCGCACAAAUCGAUGUGUCAGGGCUAGCGAUGGAUGGCGCACAAAUGGAGUCGAUGAUCGAGCUUCAAUCUCGGUACCGGGAUCCCGAUGAAGAAAGUGUGGCAGAAAUGCCCGAGCCCAAGCCGAAGGAUGAGUUCCAUGAGUUGUGUGAAUUGUUCAGCCCCCGAGAGUUGACGACUGUUCAAGAAAAUGGCGGUGAUCUCUUCCAGCCUUUGAAAAACAAAGCCACUAUUAGAGGCCAUCGGACAUGGUUGCAACGUGGAGCGUCAGUUGACAGUGAGACGGAGGCAAUUCGUCUUCGAGAUCUGAAGUCCCCAUUAUUACGUGGAUCUCUAGCUGGUGUUUAUGAGAAUUAUCUACUCGUUCGCCCGUACCCCUCCCUUCGCAUCCUCUUCACCUCGCCGUCUCUCCAGAUUCCUGGCAUGCUUCAGUCAUCCUUUCUUUCACGUAUCGGCAGCUCGGCUUCUGUGAAGAAUGAGCUUAUACAGGCAAUGGAAGCCGGUCGCAGCGUGACAGCCAGAAUCAAAUGGGUGACGCGGUUUAAUACGGAGGGGCGUAAUCGCUGGGUUCAUUGUACACCUCUGUACGCUAGUAAUGGUCAAGUGGGAGUUUGGAUGGUGGUGAUUGUGGACGAUGACGAAGAAACACUAAUUAAUUGGAGGAGCUAG